CAGGUUUUGCGGCACGGGUUUUGCACUGGUGAAAAUUGGUUUUUUUUUUUUUUUCUUUUAAAAAAAUACUAUAUCGAUUUAGCGAUGAAUUUAUUGAAUCCUCCUUCUUUUGCAUCCAUUGAUUGAUUGCAAACGAUUUUAUCUAAGAGAUGGGUCCCAAAAGGAAAACUCCUAAUCCGCAACUGCGGAAACGGAGCUUACCUAAUUCCCUGGUCCAGUCAAUUUAUCAAUUCACCAAUGAUUUAAAUCAGCUCAUACCAAUUGGAACGUUGAACUUUAUUGACAUGCCGCUAGGUGAAACGCUGCUAUACGGGUUGGAGACUGGUCAUGAUGGUCUUGGGAGCAGGUGGAAGUGGGCAGAUUUGGAUUUUUUGCUCAGUACAAUCAAAGAAAAUAGACUAAACCCUCUUGCAACCGAUUUACUACAUCUUAUAAGGUUUCGGUAUUUGAUGGCAACUUAUAAAACGUUCAAAGUAAGGAUACCACAAAAGGCCAAUGACUAUACAGUUGUGUGUAAGGUUCGACUAUAUGGUGUUCCAACGGAUGUGGGUGGAUCUUUACAGAUACUUCGAUGGAGAGAUGGCCUUCCCAAAAACUGGUUUGUAGAAAGUAACUAUAAGAGAAUAUGGACUCAGUAUAUAAACAUCAUUGAUUAUUCUGAAGAAGGUUGGAAUACUCCCUUAAAUGGGAUAUUGUUGCUGGAACUAAGCAAAACACCCAUGCUACUUAUAUCAUUCAUUUUCGAUGGGGCAGACGCCCGAAUGCCCAAUCAUAAAAUAAGGUCACCUAAUUUCCAUAUAGAUCGUUGGACUUCAAACAGGCCAUUUCUUCUUAGUCCAAAAGACGCUUCACAGCCAUUGGGUUUGAGGUUGCAAGAAGUUUAUAAUAGUAUAAUGACUCCAGAGUUUCCUGCCCUUAGUGCAACUUACACCAAAGCUUAUGGUACGGUACCUACACCAGAAGAGACUUUGUCGAGAAUCAUUAAGGAGUCAGAAACCGGAGAAGUUGCAAUUGACGGUGUCAAGUCCAAGUUAUAUCCAUUUCAAGUCAAGUCUCUCUCUAAAAUGCUUGAGAAAGAAUCAUCCCCUAAAAGGGCCCUUAUUCCGAACAUGAUCAAAUUGAAAUGUCCAAAUCUGUUCAACAAUUACUAUUUCGAUUUAUUUAAUUACCGUCUCUAUACCUCUCCGGAACUUUAUGCCUUACCAAGAGGUGGGAUCUUAGGGGAAUCAAUGGGGGUUGGUAAGACCUUGAUUUGUCUAAGUUUGGUUUGUCUUACAAAGUUCGAUGUUUCAACAGUGCCGGAAGACUUAUUGUUAUACGAUGACUCGGAUGAAGACAUCAGCGUGCUAUACCCCGAUCAGCAAAGAGAAUUGUUUUCCCCAAAGCCUGCUCUGAUCACUCUGUUGGUUGAUAUUUGCAAGAAAACUAUCAAUCAAUGUUCAUUGCCUUGGAAAUAUUAUUUAAAUGAUUUACCGACUUCAGUUGUUAAACAGCUUCUGGGAUCAGCGGGAUCUUUCAAAAUUCCUUUGAAGAAUCUUCAAUACGCUUCUGCUUUCAGCCUUAAGUCGACUGCCCCGUUGACAAGAUGGAGACAGACGGAUAUUAAUGCGCCAGCUGAAGGUAACAUUUAUAGAACAUUAUAUCUUUGCAAUACCACUUUAAUAAUCGUUCCUGAUAAUAUCUUCCAUCAAUGGAAUAACGAAUUGAAAAAGCAUAUAGAGCCAACCUACCUCAAGAAAUUGUUCAUAUCUAAUCAUUUUAACAAAUCUGUGAGUAACACUAAUGGAACAUUCAUCGAAUCCGUCCCUUCAGAUGUUAAAACACUCUUGGACUAUGACUUGAUUAUAAUUUCCACGUCGCUUCUAGUUAGCCAAAUUUCUAAACUUAGAACUGGAAACUCCCCACUUAAUAAUGUGUAUUGGAAACGAUUAAUAAUUGAUGAAGGUCACUCCCUAUCUUCAAAAAGUAAAACAAGCGACCUUUGCAAAAAUUUCCAUGCAGAGCGUCGUUGGGCAGUAAGUGGGACACCUACUUCUGGAUUAACGAGACUUCAAAUAGACGAACAAACCGAUGAACAAGGUGAUAUAAACUCUUCACCUGGAAAGAAAAACAAAUACCUUGUGAAAACAGACUUCAAUGAAAAGGAAGAUCUUUCAAAAUUAAGCAAUAUAGUUUCCAAUUUCUUAAAGAUAGAACCUUUUUAUUCCCAACCUAAGGCAUGGCAAAACCUUAUUGCAAAACCAUUCAUCAAAGAUUUAUACGGAUCUAAAACUAGUUUGACUAACUUACUAAACGAAAUAAUGGUAAGACAUAAUUUGGGCGAUAUAGACCAAGAUUUAAAGUUACCUCAGCUACAUCAUGAAGCGGUAUUUCUCGAGCCAUCUUAUCAUAACAAGAUAUCAAUUAAUCUCUUCACUGCAGUAUUGGCGGUGAAUGCAGUAUCCUCAGAAAGAACUGACGUUGAUUAUAUGUUUCAUCCCGCGAAUAGACCACAGUUAAGAAGACUUGUUACCAAUUUACAGAGGGCUACUUUUCAUUGGACUGGUUUCCAACAGGAAGAUGUGGAGGGUUUGAUACAUGUUUGUGUUCACUCUUUGAAGAAAAGAAGAGCAAAUGGUAAAUCUAUAUAUUCUGAUUAUGAUUUAAGCUUGGUGAAACAAGCACUAGAAGCCUCCAGGUUGGCAUUAUCCAACCCUAGGUGGAGAACUUCGGCGUUGUUGCACGAAAUGAAUUAUUACUUAUCUAAACUUCCAGAUAUUUUCACCAAGUCUUUCGGAACUGGGGUUUUACAGACAACUGACUCAUCUGGGAGAACAAAUGAUGUCGGGGUUUUUGGUGCUCCACAUAUUCAAACCAUGCAAGAGUUCUUUUAUAAAAAUCGAUUUCUCAAUAUGAGUGAUGCAGAAAAGUUGAAUGAAAAGCUAGAUGCUGCUGCGAAACCCUUUUGGUCCUCUUACUGGCAAAACGCAGUAAAGCGCAAUACUGAAAAGUUUAAUAAGCAAGAUACAAAUCAGAGUUUGAGUGCAAGUGUCAUGCCUGAGCAGAUUACUAAUGCUAUUGAAACACCUAGUGUUCUUGAUAAUCUUGACGAAAAUUCACGAAAUGUACUUACCACUCCGAAACGGAAAACUCAAAUAAAACUGAAUGAUGUUAGUCCUGAAGAUAAAUUGAAGCGAACUAAUGGGGAAGGCUUGAAAAUGACAGACGAUAUCACAAACAAUUUCUCUGCCCUGGGUUCAAGUACUUCAUAUCAAUCUAUAAGGGAGUCGAGGUUGUUGGGUACCGCGUCCUCUAAGUUGUCUUAUCUAGCCAGUAGGUUGUUGGAGCACCAAAAGGCCAAAGUUAAGUCGAUUGUUUUUUUUGAAUUUGAAGAUAGUGCAUACUACCUAACUGAGUUACUCGAAUUAAUGGGCAUUGGGUAUAUCCUUUACGCAACAUUUAUUUCACCGACAGAAAGAGCUAAUAAUCUUGCUGAGUUUGGCGGAUUUGACUCGGAGAAUAAUGGGGGAAUUACCCUUAUAAUGGACUUGAGAUUAGCUUCACAUGGCUUAACCGUCAUUUCUGCCACUAGAGUUUAUUUUAUCAGUCCAGUUUGGCAUAGGUCAGUUGAAGCACAGGCUAUUAAAAGAGCUCAUAGAAUCGGUCAAACGAAAGAUGUCUAUGUUGAAACAUUGGUUUUAAAAGGAACUUUAGAAGAAGAAAUAUAUAAAAAGAGAUCAAAGGAAACUGACUCAGAGAUAGAUAACGAACAGGAAAAGAAAAACAAGUUCGUCAUUGAUGAUACUGGAAUGCAAGAUUUCAUUUUAAAGCAUAAGUUUUUGGAUGUUGAAGAGAACGAUCCUGAGUAUAGCCCUUUUUUUGCACCCGCUCUAAACAAAAAUGCUUUUUUUGAUCCUCUUCAUGAUGAGGGUGACAUUCUGGAGUAUGCUCUAUUGGAACAUAAGGAUAUUAUUCACAAAAAAGAUAAUGUUCUUCUGUUGAGAGAAUGGAUUGUGUAUGUGUUCAGCAAAGAAUGUUUGGAUAGACUGAAUCUGAUUAAAGCAUUCAAAACUACGAAACGAAAACAUAAAGAUGAAUUCUUAUUUGAAUUUGCCGAAGCCGGAUACAAAAGUGAAGUUAAUGAAAAGAUGGAUCAAGAAACAGAAGCGAUCAAGAAGCUGGCUUCUUUACUUGAUCUGGCUCUUCCUAAACGCAAAAAAGUAAGAUUUUAAAGUGAUACAAGAAUAGAAGUUGGCUUUACAUACAUUCUUAUUUUUAUUUUAUUAAUGCAUUUAUGAACUAUUUGUUUAAUCUAUUGUACAAUAAUUAUAUAUGCCUCACAAUUACCAGGCCAUCUGUGGAACUUGUAAGCACUAUAUUCUCUGUAGGAUGAUAAUCCACAUCUAAAACUGUACCACGGUGUCCUGCAAGCUUUUUCAAAAUCUUCCUCGAAUUAUAAUCGAAUUGAGUUACAGUUUUAUCUUCUGACCCCGAAAUUAUUGAUACGUUGUUAUUACUGAAAGUCGUCCUUAUCAAUUGCAUCUCAUUUCCUGAAGGCGCCCCGUCAUAUACGUAAGGACUAAUUCUAGAUAUACCAUCAGGAACAUGAUCUUUUGCACUGUAAGUUCUAAUAUCACCAUUCAUGGCACGACUUAUUAAAA